UUUUUCAAAGAUGGAGGUCCUUCGUCAAAAGCAACAAGAAGAGAAAGCCAGACUGCAAGAGCUUUUUGAGAAGAACUUGAAAGACCAGCGCGAACAGCUAACAAACAUGAUGGAGGCUAACUUUGAAGAGCAAAGAAAAGACAGAGAAGCUGCCUUGGCUCGUCAGAACACCAUGGAAGACAUGAUUGACAUGAUGAAAUCGUCGCUAGAGAGUAGAGAUAGAGAAAUACAACUUCAGCGAGAACAAAUGGACAACCUGAUUGCUACACU